AUGAAGUGUAAGGAAAAAAAGCUAUAUUGCUCUCGAACUUUACCACCUGAUAUGCUUAACAACUUUCCUGAGAAUGUAAUAGAUAAGAUUCUUAUGUGUUUGCCUUUUCGAGAUGCUGUGAGGACAAAUAUCUUAUCGACAAAAUGGAGAUAUGUAUGGCGUAUACUUCCAGAGUUGAUGCUUUCUCACACAAAUUGGAAACCCGAAGAGGAUUUAACUGACCUUACAAGUAAUUUCAGAAAGAUUAUAGACCACAUUUUGGCCUUUCAUUUUGGACCAGUUACAAAGUUUACCCUCAGCAUUCCAUAUUUCGAUAUAUGUCCUAUUAUUGAUGAUUUGACUCAUUUCCUCUCUAGAAACGGCAUUCAACAUCUUGUUCUUAGACUUCCAAUUAGGGGUAAACCAAACGAAGUGCCUUCUUCAUUAUUCACAUGUUCCCAGUUAAGGCAUCUGACUCUCCAGAAUUGUGUAAUACCUCAUCAACCAGCCUUCAAAAGAUUUGAAAGGUUAAUUAGCCUAGAACUAAGUGAUGUCACAAUUUCGUGCAAGUUGCUUGAACGUUUCAUCUCUCGUUGCUUGUUGGUCGAGCAGUUGGUGCUGCAGAUCUCAGGUGCUUCAAGAAACAUUAUUAAAAUUAGUGCUCCCAUGCUGAGAUCCAAUGACUACACAGGCAAUUUAAGAUGUGUCUGUUUAAAAACUAUCCCUCUUCUGGCAAAGCUUUCACUUUCGCAUAGGGAAUAUUACUUGGGUGCUGGAAAAUGUAAUAUUGCCAAGAUUUUUGAGCCUUUCUCUGCUCUCGAGCACCUCCACCUGAAUGAUAUGUCUUUUGCUGCAGGAGCAGGUGAAGUACCAACGAGGCUUUCCCACGAUCUUUAUUGUGUCAAACAUCUCAGCAUAUUGAGUAUAGAUCUGUCUGAUUCGGAUGAGGUUUCAUGAUCUCUUUGCUUGAUAAGAAGCUUCCCCAAUUUACAAUCUAUGG